AUCAACAUCCGGUUUGUCGGCGUGAGUGGUUUAGAAAAGUUCAUUAAAAUUAUACUGUUUUUUGUUAAAUCAGUAUGGAUGCGAAACGGAAAGCAAUGGAGGGUGCCAUUAUACCUGCCAAACGACCCCGAAAUGAACUUGUGGCAUUCAAUGAAAAAGAAAAUGCGUUGAUGCAAAGUGGAAUUCAGAGGCUGUCCAGCCUGGAGGCCCCAAUCAUGUUGCUGUCGGGCCAUGAGGGUGAUGUGUUCUGCACAAAGUUUUCCCCAGAUGGACGCAUGCUGGCUUCUGCUGGAUUCGAUAGGCUUAUUUAUUUUUGGAAUGUGUACGGGGAGUGUGAUAACUUUGCUGUGUUAAAAGGUCACACAGGAGCCAUCAUGGAAAUACAGUUCACAACAGAUGGGAGUAACCUAAUAUCCGCGUCUACAGACAAAACAAUGGCACUGUGGGACGUUGAUGUGGGAGAGCGCAUAAAAAAGUUUAAAGGUCAUAAUGGCUUCGUGAACUGCUGCAAUGUGGCCCGACGAGGACCUCAGCUCGUCUGCAGUGGCAGCGAUGAUCAGACAAUCAAGAUGUGGGAUAGCCGUAAGAAGGGAGUGUUGCAGACGUUCCAGAACACUUACCAGGUGACGGCCAUCACGUUCUCCGACACUGCGGAGCAGAUCUUCUCCGGUGGAAUUGACAACGAUAUUAAGGUUUGGGACCUACGCAAGAAUGACGUCCUGUACAGAAUGCGGGGCCACUCAGACACAGUAACUGGAAUGCAUCUGUCACCAGACGGCUCUUAUCUUCUCACAAACUCAAUGGAUAACACAGUUCGUAUCUGGGAUGUACGGCCAUUCGCUCCACAAGAACGCUGUGUAAAAAUCAUGCAGGGACACCAACACACAUUUGAAAAGAAUCUGCUGCGAUGUGCGUGGGCGCCCGACGGAAGUAAGGUUGGUGCGGGCUCGGGCGACAGGUUUGUGUAUGUGUGGGACACAACUACACGGCGAAUACUGUACAAGCUUCCUGGGCACGCUGGCUCUGUGAAUGAGGUCGUCUUCCACCCAGAAGAGCCCAUUGUUGCGUCAUGUGGCAGUGAUAAAAAGAUCUUCCUGGGAGAGAUAGAAUGAAGAAGAAAACAAAAGUUAGUGCAAUACGGACACUGUAAACCACCUUGUUUGUUGUUCUUUGUGAGACACAAACAGUCUUGUGGGUAAAAAGAGAGUGUGUUGGAAAUCUCAGAGCUCCUAGGUGACCUUGACCUUCAAACCCUGUUAAAAGGAGGUCACUCUUGUGUAUAUUUGUACAUAUUACAUGUAGCUACAAAUGAGGAAUUUUACAUACAAAAAGCUUAUAGUACCAAAUUAUGCUAUAAGGGCCUUUUAUUGAAAAACAGAUAAGCUUUAUCCAACCAAUUGUAUGUGUAAAUGAAAAAAAUAUGUUGAUACGCUAAGACUUCAUUCAUUAUUUGUGCCCACAUUUCACCCAUUGAAACAGCUGCUGGAGGAAAUAUGUUUGUUCUUGCUAGUUAUAAUCAUAAUGAAUUGUGUUUUUUUGAUAAUGGUACAUGUAUAUUGAUAAAAAAAAUAAAGAUAAUUCAAAAGACAUUA